AUGAGGAAGGUUAUUACGGUCGACGACACUUUUUUAUACGACAAGUACGAGGGGGUGCUUCUAAGUGCGGUUGCACAGGAUACGGAGAAUCAUAUUUAUCCCAUUACCUUUUGCAUUGUUGACAAGGAGAACGAUGUGUCUUGGAUGUUCUUCUUUGAGAAGUUGAAGUCUAUUAUAGUCAAUGAACCAGAUUUAUGCUUUAUCUCCGAUAGGCAUAACAGCAUCGCCAACAGCAUCGCGAAGGUAUACAACCAUGCUCAUCACGGGGCAUAUUUCCCCGGCAACAGGUUUGAUGUGAUGACCACAAAUAUUGCCGAGUCGGUGAAUGCUAUGUUGAUUGCCGAAAGGGAGUACCCCGUGGCAUCCAUAUUCAAUUCGAUUGCCAAGAGGUUUGGUGAAAUAUUUAGGGAGAGGAGUGCCAACGUCUUCAAAUAUAAGGAUAACAAAUUUGUUCCCGCCGCCAAAAAGAUCUUAAGAGAUAAUAUGAUCGAGGGAGACUCUUUCUAUGUGGAGAACAUAAGCGGGGAUGAAAGGCAAUACACUGUGUUUGGAAGUGACUCUACGGCCAAAGUCGACCUUCUGGAAAGGUCUUGUUCAUGCAGAAAGUUUGACCUAGUCAAAAUACCAUGCGAUCACGCGAUGGCCGCUUUGUGA